AUGUCGGAUCCGAAUUUGGUGGUUUCGACAAACGUCAAGUCGGCGCGUUUAGAGUUCUUAGGAGAUGAAGAAAUCCGCAAGCUGUCCUGUUGCCGCGUUGUAUCUCCUGCUGCCUUUGCAGCUCCUGAGGGUUCCGGUUUGGGCGCGGGCGGUUCUAAACCGUGGGGAGGGGAUGCAACUGGAGCCGCCGCCGCUGCCGCAGCAGCAGCGGCUGGGCUCGCUGCUGCUGUUCCAGGGGGCGUGCAUGACAGUCGCAUGGGUGUUUUCGAUGGAAGGGAAACCUGCGGCACCUGCGGUGCAUCCGGCAGCUGCCCAGGCCAUAUUGGCCACAUAGAGCUUGAGUUGCCUGCACUGCAGCCGAUUCUGAUGCCUUCUCUUGUUAAACUCCUAAAGGGAGUUUGUUUGGAGUGCCGCCGCCUUCGGCUGCCAAGGCAGCAGAAGGGACUGGAGGCGAAGAGAUUCCAGCUUCUGCAGCUGCUGUUGCUGAAGGAGCUGCAGCUGAUGGACUCUGCCGUUACACGCAGCAGCAGCGGCAACAAUGGUGGGGACGCAGAGGCCUCCAAGAGGAGGUCAGACAUAUUGAAGAUCUUCGCUGCUGUGGAUGCUGAGCUCAGCGCCCGCAUGCAGCAGGAGGAGGGAGAAAAGCAGCAACUGGAGUCCCACGUGGAUUCAGGCGGCUUAGCAGCAGCAGAAACAGGCGGUGACGAGGCAGGAGUAGCUACAGACACAGCAGCAAAAGCAGCAGCAGAUUCGAAGAAGACUUUCCUGCUGCAACACAUUGCAAGGGAUCUGAGCGGCAGCAGCAUGCAGGUUUCUGCAUGGCGCGCCUUCCGCAGUAGAGUUCUCCAGCAGGCAGCAGCAGUAACGCGCUGCAGCCAUUGUGGCGUCGCGAACGCGGUGUCUGUACACCUGGCGCCCAAGGGCUCAGGGGUGGAGCUGCGGUGGCCGUGGCAGUUGUCUCUGCCGUACAGUGGCAGCAGUUUUUUCGGGUCAUUGUUUCAUAAAGGGGUUGCAGCGGGCAGCACCGAAGCUGCAGCAGCAACAACAGCAGAGACUCGCGUGCGCCCUGAUGAAGGCUGUUUGAAGUACAGCCGAACGGGGAAGGCAAUUGGCUGUGUGGAGCUUCAGGGCUUUCAAUUGUAUCCGCUGCUUCAGACGCUGUUCAGCUUUGACGAUGAUCGGCUGCUUUUGAACUACGUGUUCCCCAUGACCAUUCAGCUGGGGCCCUCCGUUUUUUUCCAGCAGGCUCUGGCCGUAGCAGCAAACCGCUUUCGGCCGCCGACUGCGGCAGCAGCAAGGGGUCUGGGAGGCCGCGGAGGAGGGGGACAGUUGCUGCAUCCACGGACGCAGCAGUUGCAGGAUAUUCUCCGACUUAAUGAAAAACUGCGGUUCGCGCUGAACGUGUUGAAACAUCCCAACCCUCUCGAGGCCCUCAAAGACCCAACUCAGUGGGCUGCGCUCUUCACAGGAGCCACAGACAAACAGCAGCAGCAACAGCAGCAGCAGCAACUGGCCCCGGAGCAGCAGCAACUGCUACAAGAAUUCGUCGAACAACAUGCUGCAGGCGGGGGCAAAUGGCUCAGCACCUACGCGCUGCAGCUUCAGCUCAAACUAAAUGAAAUCGUCGACAACACGCGAGCCGAGAAGCCACAGGCAGCUCCCCCCGGCAUUCGGCAGUGGAUGGAGCGGAAGGCAGGAGCCAUUCGCCAGCGCAUGCAAGGGAAGCGUGUCAACUAUGCUGCUCGAACCGUCUUAGCGCCUGACGGCCUCCUGGCGCCUAAUGAGGUGGCGGUGCCUCUGGAGUUUGCAAUGAAGCUGUCGGUUCCCGAGGCGGUGACGGCUUUUAAUGCCUCGCAAUUGAGUCAAAUGAUUCGAAACGGCCCCAACAAACAUCCAGGGGCUCUGGCGCUGCAGGAUGAUAAGGGAAACACCUUCAACUUGGAGUUCAUGUCACAGUCUGCGCGGGCGGCAAAAGCGCUGGAGCUGGAGGCGUUUGCCGCGGCAGGGACGUCUGAUGGAUCGGUGUUCAAGGUCUACAGACACCUGAAGGACGGCGACGUGGUGCUGAUGAACCGCCAGCCGUCGUUGCAUCGGCUUUCGUUAAUGGCGCAUUUUGUGAAGGUUGCAAAACCGAUGACAAGAGAGUUUCACGUUAAUACCUUUAUUGAGGCUGCCGGCCUCAGGCGCAAAGAUGGUUCCUACAGACAGGUUACCCAAAGCCUCCUCAAAAAGCGCAUACAGCAGCAGCAGCAGCAGGAAGAGGGAGAACAGCAGCCACAAGCCGCAGCAGCAGCAGCGGCCGCAGCAGCAAAAGCAGAAAAGGAAAUCGCAGAACGUGUCUUCAGAAUCAACUUCGUUAACUGCAGCAGCUACAACGCAGAUUUUGACGGAGAUGAGAUGAACCUCCAUGUCCCACAGGAUGCAGUGGCUCGUUCGGAGGCUAGUCAGAUAGUUAAUGCGGACAGUCAAUUUACGGUCCCUAAGAACGGCGAUCUGCCCUUCCGGCAGGUGUGUGGGUGGCUGCUUAAGGUGUAUGGGCUGAAUCUUGAGGUUUAUUGGCAGUUCUUUGAGUGUCUACUCAGCUCUUUGGUGUACGUCGGGUUGGAGCGAUAUUUAGGCUCUCAGGGAGGCGGCGUGCGCAUAACGCUCGAUCGGUCGAAGCCGCUGGAGUCUUCCUUUGCGAUCUCAUCAGCAGCAGCAACUUGCAGCAGCAACUUGGGGAAUAUCGUUACUGUGCCGCCUGCUGUGCUGUGGCCGAAGCGGCUAUGGACAGGCAAACAGGUCAUAACAACAGUCCUAAAAACGCUUGUCGACGGCUUCGCUCGCAGCCGCCUCCGCCGCUGCGUUGCAGGCAGCAGCAGCAGCAAGAGAGUAGCAGAAGUAUUGAAGGGGUAUCGAGGAAUCAAUUUAGAGUCAAAGUCUAAAACGCCUGGAGAUGCCUGGGGCGGUGCUGAAGACGGCGACAAGGAAGAAGCCUGUGUUAUUAUCCGCGACUCGGAAUUGCUACAGGGUGUAUUCGACAAGAAUCAGUUUGGCAGCAGCAGCGGCGGUCUGUUGCAUUGCGUCUAUUUGCUGCUGGGGGGUCGUGCUGCUUCGAUGCUAUUGCAGUGUUUAAGCGCUUUAUUUUCCUGCUUUCUGAAGAUGCAUGGUGCCACGACAUCGCCUGCUGACUUUGUGCUGCGCACGGAGGGGAUGCAGCAGCGAGAGGCGCUGAUAAAGAAAGUAGUGGAGGCCGGGACCUUCUUGCAGGAACACUUCUUGUGGCGGCUGUCUUCACACUUGGGAUGCCCACCAGACGAAGCUCAUCAGCGUCUACAGCAGCGCGUGGCUGCUGCCAAAGCAACGCGAACAGCACCAGCAGCAGCAGCAACCUCCGCUGGUGGAGAUGCUGGCGCUGCAGGGACAGGCACAGAGGGUGGGGCUGCAGCAGACUGGAAAGCAGAAGCAGCAGCAGCAGCUGCCGCUGCCUUUGAGUCAGGCGGUGGCGAGGCAGGGCUGCAGCGCAGAAAGCAUGCGCUUCUGAAGAUGGCAGCAGCAGCUGCUGCAACAGCAACUGCAGCAGCAGGAGGGUCAGAGGACGGAUCAGAACCUGCAGCAGUAGAUGCUGCAGCAGCAGCAGGCGUUCUGGCGGAAAAACUGUCUCUUGCACGUCUUGCUGACGCCGCUGCCGAACUGCUAGACGGCACACAACAGCAGAAGCAGAAACAGCAGCAGCCGCAGUUGAAUCCGUGGCUGCUGCUGCGGCAAAAACAGCUGCCGCUUGCAGCUUCUGGCAUACGGCCCACGGCUGCUGCUGCAGCGCAGCAGCUGCGGCAAUUACUGCAGAUGCUACAGCGCAUGCAAGGGAUGCCUCAGCAGCGGCGCGAGCUGCUGCUGUUGCUUAGCUCGUCCCCUCUGCUACAGGAACAGCUGCCACGAGUGGCAAAGCUGUUGCAGACGCAGAGGCUUCUGCCGCUUCACAUGCAGCCUUCGAGCUGCAACAGUACCAGCAGCAAGACAGAAGGCGCCAAUGACUGCAUUUACGAGCAGCUGAAAUUCCCUCCACCCAACGUUGUGGUGGCGCUACCUGACGGAGGCUCCAUUGAAGGCAGCACACGGUACCUGCGGCCUCAGCUGUAUCACCCUUCUUGGCUGUGGCAGCACCAGCAACAGCCACAAAGUGCAGCUGCUGCGUUCGCUUCUGGUUCAUUCGAAUCCCCAGAGCGCUACGUGCUGCAGAGUGCAGCAGCAGCAGCAGCAGCAACUGCAACCAAGCAACGCGUGCUGUUGUCGCCAUCCAUAGUCACGCAGUUUGUUUUAGAGAUUGCUUCGCUGCAAUGUUUGUUUGGUUUUAGUACUCUGGAGCGGCUCCGCGUGUUGCUACAGCGUCAGUUUAAGGGUAGAUUGUCUGCCUUCGACGAGUUAUUGGACAGCUUCUUCAUGGGCUUCAUGGGAAAGGUUUCUUCCCAGUCCACUGACAUCAUGAGUGGCAGGAGCUUUUUGUAUCGCUUUCCUCGCAACGGCUUCGCAUCUAUGAUUAAGACCGGAGCAAAAGGCAGCAAUGUCAACUACGCAAUGAUUUGUGUUUUCCUUGGGCAGCAGUCUUUGGAGGGCCGCCGCGUCCAGCCGAUGAGCAGUGGAAAAUCUCUUCCAGCGUUUGCGCCAGCCGACUUCGGCAGUUUGGCGCGCGGUUUUGUGUUGUCUUCUUUCCUGACAGGGUUGCGCGAAGAGGAGUUUUACUUUCACUGCAUGGCUGGGCGCGAAGGUUUGAUUGACACGGCGGUGAAGACAGCAAAGUCGGGUUACCUACAGCGUUCUUUAAUCAAGUCGCUGGAGAGCCUUCACCUUGCCUAUGACGGUUCCGUACGGGAUGCGGAUGGCUCCAUUUUGCAAUUUGUCUACGCGGACGAUGCCAAUGACCCAGCAAAUGCCAACGCCCUCAAAAACAUGCAACUGCUCACUGGGAAUCCGUAUUUGUUGAAGUGGUUCAACAAACCGCCUCCACAGGUUGAGCUCUCUGUACACCGCAACGUCUCCGCGUAUUCGCGCUGCAAGUUCGGCUCGAAAAAGGAAGGACAGGCAACAGAAAAAGAUAAAGAAAAGGAUAGAGACAAACAAAUGGAAAGAUAUCUCUCUGCAAUGGAGGCACAACCCUUCAACUCCCCUCUCUCCGCUGUCGGCGCCACCAAUUAUCUUUUCGAGCAGAACCUCAAAGAAGUGGUGGCAUCAGCUUGCGAAGAAUACGCUCGGACACGUCGGUGGCUUUCGUUUUCGUCUUCAAAGAAACAGCAGCAACAAGAGCAGCAGGACUACAGAGCGGGUUUGCCAGCAGAGGAACUGGAGCUCUUGUUGCGCAUAGCUUUCCAUAGAGGCUGCAUGCAGCCUGGAGAGGCUGUAGGGGUUAUAGCGGCGCAGUCUAUUGGAGAGCCGGCUACCCAAAUGACACUCAACACCUUCCACUUGGCUGGCCACGGAGCAGCGAACGUGACAAUGGGAAUUCCGCGUUUGCGGGAGCUUCUUCAGUUGGGUGCAAAGACGAAGACGCCUCAAAUUAUUAUUCCAAUCAAGAGAGGAGGAGAUGCCUUAGGCGACAGGGUCAAAGACAGAAUUGCACUCGAGAACGCACACGCUGCCUUAAGGGGAUUCAAAACCAUUCGAAUGGAGGAUUUUGUCCAUGCCGUUGGCGUCGAGGCAAACGUCUACUACCAAGGCCCAGACUCAGUCAACAGCUUCCCGGAGGCGAGGCCAGUCGGCAGCCGCUCGGCAUUCAGCUCGCGGCUGUAUUGGGAGUACGAGGUGUCUGUACAGCUGGAACCGCUGCAGCACUUUUGCAGCGUUGUGAGGCAGUUUAAGCCUGACGACCUCCUUCUCCUUGUCCUCAACAAAGUCAUCAGACCUCUUCUCAAAAAGGCGAGAAAGAUGGCAGUGGCGUCUGUGUCUCAGUAUGAGUUCUCUGAGGCUGCUGAGCUGCAAAGCGAUGUGCAGCAGCUUUACAGAGCUUUCAUCCUGAAGGAACGUCUGAAGUCGCAAUGGGAGCGAAGAGGAGCGGUUAAGGACAUUUUGCGGUCGGGAAAUAUUGCAUGCGAGAGUGGGGCUGGCGAUGCAGCUUUGGAAGGAGAGGCAACUUCCAGCAAAACCCAAAACACAUCAGCAGCCACAAAUAGGGGUCAUGCAGCUGCAGCAGAAGAGGACACAAAGGCGGCGGAAGACCACGACGAGGGCGGGAACAACAAACAGAAACAGAGGCGCAAGAAGAAUGAAGAACAAGAGGAAGAAGGCAAGCCCGCAGCCAAACAGGGAUCUGUGAAUUCGGCGGAUAGCGGCCAUGAAGAAGACGAGGAUGACGACGAAGAAGAUGAAGAACAAGAAGAGGCAGACGAAGAAGAUGAUGACGACGAGCGACAGCAGCAGCAGCAGCAGCAGGGGGAUAGUUCUGCUUCUGACACUGAGGGCAGCAGCAGAGGGUCUGAAGCAGAAGAUGAUGAUGAUAAUAACAAUGUUAAUAGUAGUACCACUGAGAAGAAGGAGAAGAAGGAAAAAGGUGUUAAAGGCGUCAAACGCGAGCCUAGUGCAGAAAUAGAGGACCCGCAACCCCCAGAAAAACGCAUAAAACAAGAGCAACAGCAACAGCAGCAGGGGGGGGAGGAGCGCUUGUUGGACUUGGCUGAGGUGUUACGUGGAAAGCGCUUCGACAGGACUCUGGGGGUUUUUGUAGAAGAAGAGAAGCCAGCAAGUGAAAGUAAAGACAAGAGCUUAUUGCAAGCAGACACGUAUUCAAGGCCCCAACUUGCCCCGUCGCCGUUUGAGCCAGAUGCAGUUUGGAGUUCCCCAGCAGCCUUCAACAAAAUGGCGCCACUCGAUCUCGAGUCGGCGGCAAUAUUGCACGAUUUAAAGAUCUGUCGCAAGACUUGGAGAGUUGUUGUGAAGUUCGGAUGGCCAGUCGACAAAUGCCCAUACCGAAUAGAGCUGCUACCUCUGGUGAAGGGUUUAGUCGAAAAAGUGACUCUUCAGCAACCGCAGGGUGUUUCAAACCCUCGCAUUGUACAGGGCGCGGGAUGUACAACUGGGAGCCCCAUGGAGUUGCACUGCAGCGGUUCGAAUUUGCAGUGGUUGCACCGACUUAAAGAAACUGCUGUUGAUCACAACAGGCUGCAGACUAACGACGUGCUGGCUGUCUUAAAGUUCUACGGCAUCGAGGCUGCUCGUGCAUUGUUUCUGAGGGAGCUUUCUGCUGUCUUCGGAGCAUACGGCAUCCAAGUCCACAGCGCACAUCUUGGCCUCGUGGCAGACUUCGUCACUAGAGACGGAAAUAUUAUCCCCUUUAACAGGCUGGGAAUCCAAAAUUCCAAUUCCCCUUUCUUGCAAAUGGCCUUCGAAACUUCAUUCAAAUUCCUUACAGAGGCAUGCGAAAGAGCGGCCGUCGAUGACCUGCAAAGCCCCUCAGCAGCACUGAUUGUUGGCAGCCCAGCGACAAUCGGCUCGCAGCAGUCGCAGCUCCUGGCGGUCCUGCCAGACUUUACAGAUAGCUAG